GAACGCACGUUCACCCAAGAUCCCCAGAGGCGGCACUUCCCCAAGAUGAUAGUUUUUUUUUAUGUUUUGGGAAAGUGAUUUUCUACUUUCCGGGAAAAUAAAAAUCGAGAAAAAAGGAAUAUGUUGAUUUAUUAUAUUAUACGGAGAAUUUUGUGAGGAAGUUGGUGUAUGCAUGGUGGAUCAUGGAUGGUUUGUGUCAACUCAAGCAAGUAGUACUUUUAACGGUGGCUCAAACUCGUGCUUGAAUUAUCCUUCCUCGUGUAUGUGUGUGUGUAUAUAUAUUUAAGCGUUGCUCUUGAUCGGUGAUAUUUCGAACGGGUCUUUGGAAAAAGACCAAAUAAAUUCUGGGGUGGUUAUAUCUGGAUCUUAAUUUUGAUUUUCUGGGUUUGUGUUUCAUCUUAACAAGAGAGAGGGACAAUUCAUUUGCAUGUUAUUUCAAACGGUGGCGCACCAACAGGGGUCAGGCGGGUUCGCGAGGUUGACGGCCCAUGACGGCGCCGCAGAUGGGGAAGAAGAAGCACUGAACAAAGCUGCGGCGGCGGCGGCGGCGGAGGCUGCUGAGGUGGAGGAGGAGGAGGAGGAGGCUGUGUUUGCUGGAUAUAGCAGUAGCAGGGCGGGCGAGUUGACGGCGAUGGUUUCGGCGCUGACGCACGUGGUGUCAGGAUCUGGUGGCCAGAGGUGCACCGAAUGGAUCCCUGUGGCCGUGACGUCAGCUCCUGGCCAGCCUUCUCCUUCUUCUGCUGUUUUAUCGCCUUACUCAUCAUCUUCUUCCUCAUCAUCUUCUUCAUCUUCUUCUGCUUCAGGCUCUGUUUUGAGCUCUGCCUCUGGUUCCACCGCCUCCCUUGUUGGCCACAAACGAGCACGUGACCAACACAGCUCUGUCUAUGGAGCUUUCACUGACUUCAGAGUUCCUUCUCAGGGACAAUCAUCAUCAGUGGUGGAAGAGGGUUCGAAUGUGGCAGCCGGAGCAGUGGUGGAGACGAUGGCGACGGCGGAGGGGAGUGGGGAGAGGAGGAGGAGGUACAGAGGAGUGAGGCAGAGGCCAUGGGGGAAAUGGGCGGCGGAAAUUCGCGAUCCUCACAAGGCGGCGAGAGUCUGGCUGGGGACGUUCGACACGGCGGAGGCAGCGGCAAGAGCUUACGACGAAGCUGCAUUGAGAUUCCGAGGUAACAAAGCCAAACUGAAUUUCCCAGAAAACGUGAGGGUGGUGCCCCCUGCUCAAAACUUUCCGGCCACUCGCCUCGCCGUGUCGGAUUCACCGGCGACUCUUUUCCAGCAACAGACACCUAAUCUUCCUCCUCCUCCUCGCCCUCAUCCUCCCCUGCAACCACCGUUCUUUCAGUCACCGUCUUUUCAGACGCCGUCGGAUUCCAUCAGAGACUAUUGGGAAUACUCUCAGCUUCUUCAGAGCUCUGAUGACUUCCUGCAACAUCAACAACAACAGCAACAACAUUCGAAUUUGCUGCAACAAUGGAUCUACAAUUCACAAUUGAUGGCGCUUCAAUCAUCUUCCAUGUUAUUAUCGUCGUCGUCGUCACCCCUGUCGUCAUCUUCCUCGCCAACAGCAUUUUCACCUUCAAGUCAGCUAUCCUCUGCUUCGUAUCCCCUGUUUUCCAGUCAACAAGUAGGAUACUUCCGGCCACCGGCAAACCUACCACCCGGCGGAGGCGGUGACAUCGGCGGAGGGUCGGACUUUCCGGCAUCAACUUGGUCAGAUACCAGCGGCUUCCCUCCUCCAUCCGGUUCAGGCUGAUCAUACACAGGAGAAUUUCUUGUUUCUUUUUUGUUAAAAGAAUUAAAUACAUAGUUUUUUUUUUUUUUUGUUUUACUUUCUAGCAAAAGUUUAACAAAACAUUCUUAAUAUUAUAAUUGUUAUAGACUUA